AUCCUGCGUCACUAAUAUUUCCAAAUCAGUAUGCUUUAUUAAAGAAAGCGCUGCUGAAGGUGGAUCAUUUCUGUCACAGUAAUGAAAACAAUGAUGCCUACUGCAGUUUUAUUUGUAGUUUUUCUUUUCUCUUUGAGUUUGGCAUCCAAGCAGCAGGAUGCCUAUGAGGAUCUCUGGACUAAGAGCAUAGACAUUGCAGACAAGACACUCCAUGUUGACUUCAUGCAGCAAAUGCAAAACAACAGCCUGCAAGCUGAGCGCUACGUUAAUUUCACCUUGCAGGACAUCAACUACUUGGUACAGGUUACUGAUAUGCUAAAGACGAUGAGCAAGAAGGUUAAAAAACCCAAGGACAUUAGUGACUUCUUGAUAGGAAGAUACAAAAGUUACAAGAGUUUUUUGGACACGUUACUUCUCCAGUAUUUCUUUAAGGGUACACCUUCUAUCAAACCAACACCAGCCAUGGUGAAAUAUCUGGAUUCUUACAGAGCGACAAUGACGAAAGACCCUAUCUACUUUGCUGUAGCUCUUCUGCCCUGCACCAGGCUGUGGGUGUGGCUGGCUAACAAUACGGACAUACCUAAAACCAAUGUCUACUACACAUGGAAAGCAGACAAUAUGGGUGGCCAUCCUGAAAAGCAUUACAAAGCUUUACUGAACAAAUAUCUAACCACAAAAGAACAAAUCAGCAAUGCUACUGCCCUGUUCCGGAGGCAAAUGCAGAAUGAGCAUGACUUCUUUGCCACUUCCUAAGUUGAUCAUAUAGUAAAUUUGGCAGGCUUAUCUUUUCUCAGGUAACAGACUUGUUGUUUUAUUUAAAAUGACCCUGUUAAUAUGUUUAAUUAACAGUGUAAUUAACAAAAAUAGCACUAGCCUGCAUGUUUUUCAAGCCCACCAUUAAUUUUAAAAUGCAAUUUUUGUGUAAUAAAUAUAAUCAAAUAAUAAUAAAAUCACCUCAUA